AUGCGCUUGGCGCAAGCUGCCGAAGAGGCAAGCAGACAGCACCAGGCAAGAGCAGAUAAGGUCAUGCAAGAAAAUCAGCGGUUGCGGCAGGAGCUGAAUAGACAUAAUUGGGCCAAUACGGAGAGAAUCAAACGACUGGAACAUGAGCUGCAACAAGCGCACCAGUUUCAUGAAGCUCUAACAAACAGCAGUUGGCGGACCGAGAAAGGAUCCAACAACAAGACCGGUUACUGUGUCAGGCGCGCGAGGACGCAUCGGCGAAAUGGACCAUCCAAAAUGAUGGGAGAUGACCAGAUCGUUGAUCAGAUGCGCAAACUGAGCCAGAACCUCGAUAGUUGGGUCAAAGCCAAUUUCAAAGACGUCAAGAAACUGACAUCGUCGGCGGAAACCGAUGGCUCAGAGCCAGUGCUCAGUAGUUGGAGGACAGCCACGAGUAUCGCAAUUGAGGCGACUGCAACCGAAGACUGCGAGGCCGUGUUCACCUACAUCGUCAACUGCGUCGAGGACCAAUUCAACUCUUUCUCCUCUACUAACCACGAGUCAAGAAGCCGCCAGCUCCGAGCACUGAUGCAGAGAUGUGUGGAUUUCAAGAUGGCUUUGAGCCGGCAGAAGCAAUCAUUCUUCUUCUGGUGUAGUCCGACGGGGACAAAAUUUUUUCCUGGGUCUAUGAGCUUUGGCGGAGGCGACGGACAGUUAGCCGGAAGAGUGAGAUGGUCUCUGUGGCCAGCACUCAUGAAGCACCUGGACGAGGGCAAUGAGGUCUUAGAGCCAGAAUUGGUUUGGAGUAUGGAGUAG